GGACUACACCUUAAGAUUCUUACGACCCUCCGCCAGAUACCCUGGAGCAGUUGUUGGGUCUGCGGAGAGAUAGGGACCUCCGCAUGACUAUUGAUUUGGCUAUUGACUAGGAGUGUUGGGGUGGCCUCACGCAGCGUGCUCGAGUCCGCUCGUGGCUGCCUAUGGGCUAACACCGCCUUGUUUCCUCGCUCUCUUGCACUCAUAUACAUGCGGUUUCCUAGAGUUGUCACGCAUCUCUUGUACUGUGGUAGUUGAUUAUUACUUCACUGUUGUGGGUCGCAAUGUUAAAAGUAUCAUAAAGAAAAGAGAAAGCGAACAAAGAUUCGUACAAAAGCAGCAAUUGAUCACGUUUCGUUUAGAAACUUGGGAAGUGGCCAGACUAUGGGCGAACUGCUUAUGAACGACCAUGUGAUGUCGAGCGUUCGGUGGACAGGCAUGGUGGCGCUGUUUCGGACGGUGGUGGGUGUGAGUGUGGUGAGUGGUCUGCUGGUGGUGCUGCUGUGGUCUGAGACUCAGGUGGGGGUCAAGACACCCGCCCACAUCCACUUCCAAGCCCACGCCCGGGGCAUCCCUGAGAGCGGCUCCAGUCUCUCUCAAGCACGACACUCUCACCACCGCCUCCGUGCGAGGCCCGAGAAGUUGAAUGUUCCUGGAGCUGCCCCAUAUAAUGUCACUUUCCUGGAAGACAAGAAAGUUAAGGUAGCAGCUGCAGCAGCGGAGGAUGCAACCUCUGUGGCUGUAGCGGCGGCUGCGGCAGCUGCGGCAGUGACUCCAACACAGCACCAGGCUGCUGCUGCCGCGGCCAGCCACGCCCCCUCUCCUGCCUCCGUCAACGGCAGCCGCAAGUUAGUUUUUACCAUCGACCAGGACGACCCGGGCCCUGCCACGCCCAAGAUCUACGUCAUCACGCCCACAUAUCGACGACCUGAGCAGGUGGCGGAGCUGACGAGACUAGCACAGACGCUGAUGUUGGUGAGUAACUUGCACUGGCUGGUGGUAGAGGACGCGGUCGCCCCCACCAGGAGGGUGCUGGCCUUCCUCGACUCCUGCAGCGUCCCUCACACCUACCUCCUAGGCACGGCCUCGCGGCGCUACAAGGGUGCCAACAAGCCUCGCGGCGUCAGUAACCGCAAUGCUGGCCUCAAGUGGCUUAAGGGACACGUCAAGGAAGGCAUCAUAUAUUUCGCCGAUGACGACAACACCUACGACUACCGCAUCUUCCAAGAGAAUGUUCAAUUUUAUCUGAAGAGAAACGCUCCCAUGAUGCCUUACAACGUUGGUUUUGAAGAGGACGGCUUCCUCAAGGCCCUGAAGAUCAAGCCAGAAGACAUUGAACCACUCGCUGACAACUGCACCAAGAUUUUAGUGUGGCACACAAGGACAGUGAAGAGCCUGCCGGCCCUUAAGAUGCCUGACUCGGACAAGGUCACCAAAACAAACCUUAACCAUCUCAAAUCACAAAUGGUCUUUCAACUGCCUUAUGGACUCUCCUAGUUACUACAUCACCCAGCAACCAUUAUUACAUAGACUGUAUCAUUUACAUUAUUUGCACCCCAUAAGUAUUACAGGGAACAAAUGAAGCAUUUGUAGGUUAAUAGUUUCUAGCACUGGUCAUCCUCAUCUUAAAUUUUGUAGUUAGGCUUUUUUUAGAUCGACGAAGACGGGAUGUUUAUUAUGAUGACUGAUACUGUAUUGUGUGAUGACUGAUACUGUAUGUGUGGUGAUGACUGAUACUGUAUUGUGUGAUGACUGAUACUGUAUUGUGUGAUGACUGAUACUGUAUUGUGUGUGAUGACUGAUACUGUAUUGUGUGAUGACUGAUACUGUAUUGUGUGUGAUGACUGAUACUAUAUGUGUGAUGACUGAUACUAUAUGUGUGAUGACACUAUGUGUGUGUUGAAACAUACAUACGAAUGACAGGAGUUAUGAAAGACAAUAGCAAGCAGUAUGAAUUUUCAAAAGGCAACUUACCUUACUGUAAGACACUUGACAGACCCAAGUAUAGUACUAUAUUAUGAUAUUCUAGCAAUCUGUUCAUCCAUAUUUUCCUGUAUCGUCACUUCGAGUCACUCAACGUUGCUUCCUAACACGUCUUCAGCCUCGUGUACAGCCAAGCACCUACACACAUACAUUUUUAAUAUUCAUUUAAUCAUUCAAGUCCAGACUACACACUCCUUUCGAAUGUUAAUGUGAGAAAAAAAAAUGAAAUGCCACGUAAUGCGAGAUGUUAAAAAUUAUGUAAUCAUCUAAUACGAUUAUAUUAUAAGCUGGUGCUGCUGAAUGUCAAGAAAUCUUACGUAAUAUAAAAACUGUGGGUGAGUUGAGGAGUAAAAUAACUAGGCUGUCUACUGACGGAAUCAUUAAAGGCACAAUAUACAAAUAAUCCCCCCCCCCCGUUUUUGGAUUAUUAUUAUUAUUAUUAUAAUCAAGGGGAAGCGCUAAACCCGUAGGAUUAUACAGCGCCUGGGGGGGGGGAAUGUGGAAGGCAUUCAGGCUUAAUUCGGGGAACUGGAGCACAGAUCCAAUUCCCUAAAUCAAGAGCCCCUCACCAACAUCAAGGAACCUUCCCUGAGGGGAACCCGUUUUUGGAGAUAGAAAAAGCGACCGAGACAUCAUCGUAAGCUUUUCUCUCUCCUGUGUUCUGGUUAUUUGUGUAUUGUUCCAGUUACGGUAUUUUUUUUUUUUGUUCAUUAAAGGCAAAUUUUUAUCAUUUUUAAACUUCAGCUUCUGAUGGCCAGUCACCUCAGACUUGUCACUGGCUAAACACAUUGAUUAUUUCACACUUGUUGAUUCACUGUCUAUAUUCUAUUUUUACUGUUUUAAACAUCUUUUUUUUUUUGAGGGGAGAUAUGCAUCGCUUGUGUUGUUAUUUCCAUUCAUUUUUAGUGUUAAAAUGUAUGUAUUUUUUUUUUUUGGCGAAAGACGACACAUUAGAAAGCGUCACUGCACCUUACGUUUAUUUUCAAAGAUUUGUUUAUACAUAAUGCAUAUUUUCCAAGAUAUAACUAUAAUUGAUGUAUAUUUUCCAAUAUUUAUUUAUACAUGAUGUAUAUUUUCUAGGAUUUAAGUAUACAUGAUGUAUAUUUUCCAAGAUUUAGUUAUGCAAAUGUAUAUUUUCCAAUAUUUAAUUAAUUAUAAUUGAUGUAUAUUUUCCAAGAUUUAUUGAUACAUGAUGUAUAUUUUCCAAGAUUUAAUUAUACAUGAUACAUAAUUUCCAAGAUUUCAUUAUAAAUGAUGUAUAUUUUCAAAGAUUUACUUAUCCCUGGAGAUGGUUCGGGGGCGUAUAUGUAUAUAUGUAUAUUUUUCAAAAUUUACUUAUACAUGGUGUAUAUUGUCCAAGUUUUCAUUAUAAUUGAUGUAUAUUUUCAAGAUUUAAAUUAUACAUAAUGUAUAUUUUCCAAGAUUUAAUUGUUCAAGAAAACUGUGUAUGUAUCCUGCACGAGGUACAUUACUUGGUUUAUAUUAAUUGUGAAAGAAGAGAAGGAAAUAUAUUGAAACUUGUGUACCGAGGAUGUUAUUGUUCGUGAUUUUUUCAGUUGACAUCGACUAUCUUUCUCCUCUCUUAAGCAAUGAAUAAAUCUAAAAUAACGUGUGGGAGUGUCAUAUAAGGUGUGGGAGUGUUAUAUAAGGUGUGGGAGUGUCAUAUAAGGUGUGGGAGUGUCAUAUAAGGUGUGGGAGUGUCAUAUAAGGUGUGGGAGUGUCAUAUAAGGUGUGGAGUGUCAUAUAAGGUGUGGGAGUGUCAUAUAAGGUGUGGGAGUGUCAUAUAAGGUGUGGGAGUGUCAUAUAAGGUGUGGGAGUGUCAUAUAAGGUGUGGUAGUGUCAUAUAAGGUGUGGGAGUGUCAUAUAAGGUGUGGGAGUGUCAAAUAAGGCGUGAGUGUCAUAUAACGUGUGGGAGUGUCACAUAAGGUGUGGGAGUGUUAUAUAACGUGUGUGAGUGUCAUAUAAGGUGCGAGUGUUAUAUAACGUGUGGGAGUGGCAUAUAAGGUGUGGGAGUGUCAUAUAACGUGUGGAAGUGUCAAAUAACGUGUGUCAUAUAACGUGUGGGAGUGUCAUAUAAGGUGUGGGAGUGUUAUAUAACGUGUGUGUCAUAUAACGUGUGUGAGUGUCAUAUAACGUGUGAGAGUGUCAUAUAACGUGUGAGAGUGUCAUAUAACGUGUGGGAGUGUCAAAGUGUUGGAACGUCAUAAUGCGUGUUGGAGUGUCAUAUAACGUGUGGGGGUGUUAUAUAACGUGUGGGAGUGGCAUAUAAGGUGUGGGAGUGUCAUAUAACGUGUGGGGGUGUUAUAUAACGUGUUGGAAUGUAAUAAUAUGUGUGGGAGUGUCAGAGUCUGCUUACGUAACACCAUCAUGUAACAUACGUAACACCAUCAUGUAACAUACGUAACACCAUCAUGUAACAUACGUAACACCAUCAUGUAACAUACGUAACACCAUCAUGUAACAUACGUAACACCAUCAUGUAACACACGUAACACCAUCAUGUAACAUACGUAACACCAUCAUGUAACACACGUAACACCAUCAUGUAACACACGUAACACCAUCAUGUAACACACGUAACACCAUCAUGUAACACACGUAACACCAUCAUGUAACACACGUAACACCAUCAUGUAACACACGUAACACC